AUGUGGCUCAAAAUUUCAGAAGAGUUUAAAAUUAGAUCAAAUUUUCCUAACUGUUUGGGUGCUGUGGACGGUAAACACAUCCGUGUUGUAAAACCAGAAAGAAGUGGUUCGUUGUUUAUGAAUUAUAAACUUUUUUUUUCAAUUGGACUUAUGGCUGUUGCUGAUGCAAAUUAUAAAUUCGUUUAUAUCGACGUUGGGUCAUAUGGGAAAGAUUCUGAUUCAACUAUUUUCAGAAAUUCGUCGCUUUGGAAGAAUUUAGAAAGGAAUAAUUUAGAAAGGAAUAAUUUAAAUAUUCCUGAAUCAUCACAAGUACCAGGAAUAAAUAUUCCAUUGCCUUACGCUUUUGUUGGUGAUGAAGCUUUUAGUUUAAGCAAGCAUUUGCUUCGGCCAUAUUCUGGUACACAUUUGCCAGAUAGAAAAAAAAUAUUUAACUAUCGCUUAACACGCGCUAGGCGCUACGUGGAGUGUACUUUUGGUAUAUUUUCAAAUAAAUGGCGUAUAUUCCACAGGCCAAUUGAUGUAAAAGUAGAUUUUGCUGUCAAUAUCGUAAAAUGUUGUUGUGUAUUACACAACUUUGUACGCGAUCGGGACGGAUUUAGUAUUGAUGACACACUAAUAAUAAAUGGUUUUGAAGAAUUUGAUGUUUUUGAUAAUUCAGGAACAAAUCGAA